GGUUAGGGCCUGUUGUAAACGGGCAGGCGUGUGGUCCAUCUGAGAGGGGACAGCCCGGCUGUGGUUGUUAUUACUGUGGAGUGUGUGGAUCUCAGGGAGUCGGGUUUUUCUUGUACAAUCUCUCAGCUCACAAAUGCUGACUAGCUUUUCUUAGUGAAACAGUGGUGAGAUGUAUUUAGACCCCAGUCCAUUUUUCCCCUUGAGAACAUUCUGUCCAGUAAAUAACCUUUGUCUACACGAAGCUACAUCUAUGCUUCAUCUUGAAAAAGAAUUUGAAGCCACAUGAGGUAGAGGCAAACGGGAUGCUGAGUUGUGUGGUCCAGGCCACACAUGGAGAUCAGUUCUGAGAAGGGGCCCGUGAAUGUUAGGAAGCUCUGGCCAGCGCCCUGCUGAUUAUGUGCUAUCUCCCAGAACCAGGGGCCUUGCCCUCAGGCCUGAAUUCUUUGUGGUUACCAUCCCAUUAACCUUGAACGGUUUCAGUGAACUUUAUUUUUAGCUUCUGCUUUUCAUUUCCAAAUUGAUAACCGAAUGAAGAAGCAUUGGCCCAGAGUGGCAAGGCCACGCUGAGGAGGUACCCCUGGCCAUGAGCUAAGAGAUGGAAUUGGCCCUGGUCACUUUAUACCUUUCUAGAAGCUGCUCACGGGCCUCAGUCUGGAGGCAGUUCCUCCACACCUCUGCCUGGGUGAUGUCUCAGGAGGGUGGUUUGCUAAAGCCUUGCCAGCAGAGCAGCAGCCAGGGAAGGCAUCACGAAGCUAAGACCUCACUCCCAUGGGAAAUGGACCCAGGACUUUUGUUUCUUGUUAAAAACUUGCCAAAGAGCUUCCUCUGGCUGAGAGCUUGGAGAGGAGACUAGAGACCUGACAGUUGGUUGAGAGACCAGUUCUUCAUGGACAGUGGCUCUAGUUAUUUGCUAACUGUUUGUGAUUUUCCAUAUGUGCCAGGCCCUGUACUGGGCCCCAGGGACACAAGUAUGAACAAGGCAGACAUCCCUGUGGUCAUGGUGGCUUGCUUCUUGCCCCCUUCCCUCUUUUCAUUCAUUCCUCACAAUUACCGAGAGACUGCUACAUGGCAUGCCUUGGAGGGGCUGCUGGGAAUGUACAGAAAUUACUGUCCGUCUGCUCAGGGAUCACAGGAAUCAGGAAACCACAAAGCCCCGUAUCCAGUGGUGAUUUCAUUUCUUCGGCAACGACCAGUAGAGGCAGGAGGGACACCAGGCAUGUAAAUGGAAUGUUUACCCUUGCGGAAGUUGCUUCACUUAAUGACAUUCAACCAACUUACCGAAUCCUGAAACCAUGGUGGGACGUGUUUAUGGAUUACCUGGCUGUCGUUAUGUUGAUGGUAGCCAUCUUUGCAGGAACCAUGCAACUUACCAAAGAUCAGGUGGUCUGCUUGCCAGUAUUGCCAUCUCCUGUAAAUUCAAAGGCACACACGCCACUGGGAAAUGCCGACGUUACCACCAAUAUCCCCAAGAUGGAAGCAGCCACUGACCAAGACCAAGACGGGCGGACGGCAAGUGACAUUUCCUUUGGCACAUCUGCUGUGACACCUGACAUACCUCUCAGAGCCACAUAUCCUCACACAGAUUCGACAGUUCCAAAUCAGGAGACAAAGAAGGAGAAGAAAGAUCCAACAGGCCGAAAGACAAACUUAGAUUUUCAGCAAUAUGUAUUUAUUAAUCAGAUGUGUUACCAUCUGGCCCUUCCUUGGUAUUCCAAGUACUUUCCAUACCUUGCUCUCAUACAUACUAUUAUUCUCAUGGUCAGUAGCAACUUUUGGUUCAAAUAUCCCAAAACAUGCUCAAAAGUAGAACAUUUUGUUUCAAUACUAGGAAAGUGCUUUGAGUCUCCUUGGACUACCAAAGCGUUGUCUGAGACGGCGUGUGAAGACUCAGAGGAAAACAAGCAGAGAAUAACAGGUGCCCAGACUCUACCAAAGCAUGUGUCUACCAGCAGUGAUGAGGGGAGCCCGAGUGCCAGUACCCCGAUGAUCAACAAGACAGGCUUCAAAUUCUCAGCCGAGAAGCCUGUGAUCGAGGUCCCCAGCAUGACCAUCCUGGAUAAGAAAGACGGGGAACAGGCCAAAGCCCUGUUCGAGAAAGUGAGGAAGUUCCGUGCUCACGUGGAAGACAGUGACUUGAUCUACAAACUCUAUGUGGUCCAAACGUUCAUCAAAACAGCCAAAUUCAUUUUCAUCCUCUGCUAUACUGCCAACUUCGUCAACGCCAUCAGCUUCGAGCACGUCUGCAAGCCCAAAGUGGAGCACCUGACUGGCUAUGAGGUGUUUGAGUGCACCCACAAUAUGGCUUACAUGCUGAAGAAGCUUCUCAUCAGUUACAUAUCCAUUAUCUGUGUUUAUGGUUUUAUCUGCCUCUACACUCUCUUCUGGUUGUUCAGGAUACCUUUGAAGGAAUAUUCUUUCGAAAAAGUCAGAGAAGAGAGCAGUUUCAGUGACAUUCCGGAUGUCAAAAACGACUUCGCAUUCCUCCUGCACAUGGUAGACCAGUAUGACCAACUGUAUUCGAAGCGCUUUGGCGUGUUCCUGUCAGAAGUCAGUGAAAAUAAACUUAGGGAAAUUAGCUUGAACCACGAGUGGACAUUCGAGAAACUUCGGCAGCACGUGUCCCGCAAUGCCCAGGACAAGCAGGAGCUCCACCUGUUCAUGCUAUCCGGCGUGCCCGACGCCGUCUUUGACCUCACAGACCUGGAUGUGCUGAAACUUGAACUGAUUCCGGAAGCUAAAAUUCCCGCGAAGAUCUCUCAGAUGACUAACCUCCAAGAGCUCCACCUCUGCCACUGCCCUGCGAAAGUGGAACAGACAGCUUUUAGCUUCCUCCGCGAUCACUUGAGAUGCCUUCACGUGAAGUUCACCGACGUGGCUGAAAUCCCUGCCUGGGUGUACCUGCUCAAAAACCUUCGGGAGUUGUACUUGAUAGGCAAUUUGAACUCUGAGAACAACAAGAUGAUCGGGCUCGAAUCUCUCCGGGAGCUGCGGCACCUUAAGAUUCUCCACGUGAAAAGCAAUUUGACCAAAGUUCCCUCCAACAUUACAGAUGUGGCUCCACAUCUUACCAAGUUAGUCAUUCAUAAUGACGGCACUAAACUCUUGGUACUGAACAGCCUUAAGAAAAUGAUGAAUGUCGCUGAGCUCGAACUUCAGAACUGUGAGCUGGAGAGAAUCCCCCAUGCUAUCUUCAGCCUCUCGAAUCUGCAGGAGCUGGAUUUAAAAUCAAAUAACAUACGCACCAUCGAGGAGAUCAUCAGUUUCCAGCAUUUAAAACGACUGACGUGUCUGAAAUUAUGGCAUAAUAAAAUCGCUACCAUCCCUCCCUCCAUCACCCAUGUCAAAAACUUGGAGUCACUUUAUUUCUCUAACAACAAGCUCGAAUCCUUACCCGUGGCAGUGUUCAGUUUACAGAAACUCAGAUGCUUAGACGUAAGCUACAACAACAUUUCCGUGAUUCCAAUAGAGAUAGGAUUGCUUCAGAACCUGCAGCAUUUGCAUAUCACUGGGAACAAAGUGGACAUUCUGCCAAAGCAGUUGUUCAAAUGCAUGAAGUUGAGGACUUUGAAUUUGGGGCAAAACUGCAUCACCUUCCUCCCUGAGAAGAUUGGUCAGCUCUCCCAGCUCACUCAGCUGGAGCUGAAGGGGAACUGCUUGGACCGCCUGCCAGCCCAGCUGGGCCAGUGUCGCCUGCUCAAGAAAAGCGGGCUUGUUGUGGAAGAUCACCUUUUUGACACCCUGCCACUCGAAGUCAAAGAAGCAUUGAAUCAAGACAUAAAUAUUCCCUUUGCAAAUGGGAUUUAAACUGAGAUGAUCCGUGUGCAGGAACACCGUCCUAGAGGGCAAACACUCACGUACAAGUUAUUGCAAGAUAAUGCAUUUUAGGAGUAGAUACAUCUUCAAAAAUAAAACACAGAGAGGAUGCAUAGAAGGCUGAUAGAAGACGUAACUGAAUGUUCCCUGUUUGUAGUGUUUUCAGUCAAUUCAUUUCCAGAUCUUUUCUCUUUUCUUUUUUUCUUUUGGGGAAAGGGAAGGAACGAUUAUAAUCACUAAUCUUGGUUUCUUUUUAAAUUGUUUGUAACUUGGAUGCUGCCGCUACUGAAUGUUUACAAAUUGCUUGCCUGCUAAAGUAAAUGAUUAAAUGGACAUUUUUCUUACUAUA